GUGACCAACUCGGUAUCCAUUCCGGACGUCAUUGCUUGCUGCUUUGCUGAUUUACGUUGAGGUUAAGGCUAAACUUUGCUUUUUCGCACUUUUCUCAUCGAAGAUCCAACGAUCGAUGCAACGAUCCAACAGCCAAUGGUUUCAUUGCGGGCAGCACCGCACCACAUCUACAUGUAUCUGCAGCCAUGAUGUUUAUGUCGAGGAUGCUGUUACCCCGUUACCAUCGUCCCAUCUCUCGAUUAUCAUCAGUAACUAUUACAAGAUUUCCAUUGCCGUUUCGGCGUCAUGCCACAGGUAGCUUGAGGAACUCGAGUUUGCUUCCAAGGCGGAUACCCCAACAACGAACGAGAAAACACAACAUUAAAGGCAGACGCCUCAGUCAAAAAGGAGAACAAAACAACGACAAAGGUUUCUGGAAUGGAUGGAAAGAUGAUAUGGUUCAAGAGCUACGAGAAAUUCGAAACGGGAUCAAGGAUUUGACCUGGAAAGAAUGCCAAGAAAUGGCUCGUGAUUCUGGCAUUUUGCUCUACCGAUUGGCACUGGCUUAUGGAUGCUACUAUUUUAUCAACGAAUACGGAUUCUUUUUGGUUAUGUGUGACGGACCAUCCAUGCUACCCACAAUGCAGUCAUUCGGAGAGAUUAUACUGGUAGAACGUAUCACACCCAAGUUAUACGGGAUGCAAGGCGGUUGUGCCACCCAGGAACGAAUUCAAUCUGCCAGGCAACUGCAACGGGAACACUCCAAUCCAAGUGAAUGGCAUCAACCGUACAUACCCAUCAAUGAAAUGCCCCAAGAGGGGAAAUGGACUCGAUUAUUCAGCAAUAUACGAACGGGCAUUUCCGUGGGAGACAUUGUUGUUGCAGAGAAUCCAUUAAAACCUGGCACAGUCUGCAAGCGGGUCAUUGGUCUACCAGGAGAUGAAAUCAUUCUGAAACGAAGCCAGUUUACAGCAUCACACUUUUUAGGACGAACUGCGAGAGCCACAGCACGACAACGGAAACGUCUCAAAAAGGUUCCUGACGGACAUGUUUGGCUCGAAGGAGACAAUAGCAUGAACUCCAAUGAUUCUCGCAACUACGGCACAGUGCCUGCCUCUAUGAUUUUGGGUCGGGUCAUCCUUCGGGUUUGGCCUCCAUCAGCUGGGGCUAUACUGGAACGAGCUAUGGGUCCACAGUCAGCAUCCAACAUGGGAGCGCCACGUUGGAGCUCACAGGCAAGCUCGGUACUACCGGCGGGUUAUGACGGACAGAGAAUCGUCAAGAAGUACAGGGAAACUAAAAAGGAACAGCAUUGACGACGAAAAAGGUGACUUGUAGUGCCAUCAUGUAGACUUGCAGCUGGUUAUUCUGACUUCUAGCUAGAAGGAGAGUAAUCUCAGAUCCGUCAUUAUGAACACAAAUCACAUUAGAAAGUGUGGGUGCUUGAGCGUUAUUUGGAAAAGCUACUGGUGUUGUCAAAGUUGGAUGGCGGACCCAGGACACUUGAAUCGUCACUCGUCGCAGCUAUCCACCAAACCACGUCGAGGGACGAAACAAGCUAGCUAGCCAAGGAUAUCGUGACUGUUGUAAACAAUUUGUGUCUGUUUUUCAAGAUCUAGCUAGAGUAUUAUUGUCUGAGAAUCAAGU